AUGAGCAACCAGGCGUCGUUGGAGAAACUAAACCAAACAGUUGAGAUACUUUCUGUGAGACUCGCCGAGCUGAUUAGACUUUCCUCAAUAGAAAACCCAUCUUCUAUGGACGACGAUGAUGAUAAUAUCGAUAUACAAGAUUCAAACUUAGCUAUUGCCACAAGCAGUACUAUGAUGGUUAAUAGCCAUACAAUGCAACUAAUAAGGGGAGUGCAAGAUUUAUUAGCAUUGACAAGGAAUAUGAGGGAAAAAUGGCUUUUGAAUCAAAUUCCCGAACAGAACCAACGACAAGAAGAUACGAACUCGAAAGUAGAUCACGAGGAAUUAGCAACUAUCCUAGAAAAGACUAUGCAAGAAAUUGUCAAUGAGCAUACUCCUUCACAGUAA